AUGAGUGAAAGGAAUACGCGUAUUGCGAUUAUCAACGUCGACAAAUGUAAACCUAAGAAAUGUCGCCAGGAAUGUAAACGUUCAUGCCCUGUGGUCAAGACUGGUAAGUUGUGUAUUGAAGUUACACCAACAUCGAAGAUUGCCUUCAUCUCCGAAAAUCUGUGUAUCGGUUGCGGUAUCUGUGUGAAAAAAUGCCCAUUUGAUGCUAUCCAGAUUAUCAACUUGCCCACGAACUUAGAAGCCGAAGUGACGCACCGUUACUCUGCGAACAGUUUCAAGCUUCACAGACUGCCCACUCCAAGACCGGGCCAGGUGCUAGGUUUGGUCGGUACUAACGGUAUCGGCAAGUCCACGGCUUUGAAGAUUCUCGCCGGUAAGCAAAAGCCCAACUUGGGCCGUUACGAUGACCCUCCCGAAUGGCAAGACAUUAUCAGAUAUUUCCGUGGGUCUGAAUUGCAAAACUACUUCACCAAGGUGCUUGAAGAUGACAUCAAGGCUAUCAUUAAGCCCCAAUACGUUGACAACCUUCCCAGAGCUAUUAAAGGGCCCGUUCAGAAAGUCGGUGAGCUUUUGAAACUCAGAUUGGAAAGGUCUCAAGACGAUGCCAAGUACGUUAUCAAGGCUCUAGAUUUGCAACACGUUUUGAAAAGAGAUGUUGCUGCCUUGUCUGGUGGUGAAUUGCAGAGAUUUGCCAUCGGUAUGUCUUGUGUACAAGAUGCUCAGGUUUACAUGUUUGACGAACCAUCCUCUUACUUGGAUGUCAAACAACGUUUGAACGCCGCUUUAGUGAUCAGAUCUCUUUUGAAUGCCACCACUUACGUGAUUUGCGUCGAGCACGAUUUGUCAGUGUUGGAUUACUUAUCUGAUUUCGUGUGUAUCCUUUACGGUGUAGCUUCCGUGUACGGUGUUGUUACCUUACCAUCUUCUGUGAGAGAAGGUAUCAACAUCUUCUUGGAUGGCCAUAUUCCAAGUGAAAAUAUGAGAUUCAGAACCGAAGCACUACAAUUCAGAAUGGUUGAUGCCCAAGACCAGUUAGAACAUGAAGACGCUACAAGGGCGUACACCUACCCUACGUUGAAAUGUACCCAAGGUGAUUUCAAGCUAUCGGUUGAGUCUGGUAGUUUCUCUAAUUCCGAAAUUUUGGUCAUGAUGGGUGAAAAUGGUACAGGUAAGACUACCUUGAUCAAGCUUCUAGCGGGCGCUUUACCUCCCGACGAUGGUACCAGUGUGCCAAAGUUAAACGUUUCGAUGAAGCCUCAAAAGAUUGCUCCUAAAUUCCCUGGUACCGUGAGGCAAUUAUUCUUCAAGAGAAUCAGAGGACAAUUUUUGAACCCACAAUUUCAAAGUGAUGUUAUCAAACCACUAAGAAUCGAUGAUAUUAUUGACCAAGAAGUUCAGCACUUGUCUGGUGGUGAGUUGCAAAGAGUUGCCAUUGUUUUGUCGCUAGGUCUGCCUGCUGAUAUUUACCUAAUCGACGAACCUUCCGCCUAUUUGGAUUCCGAACAACGUAUCAUCUGUUCCAAGGUUAUCAGAAGAUUUAUUUUGCACAACAAAAAGACUGCCUUCAUUGUGGAGCACGAUUUCAUCAUGGCCACCUAUUUGGCAGACAAGGUCAUUGUAUUCGAGGGUACGCCUUCUAGAGUCGCACAUGCCAGAGCUCCAGAGAGUUUGUUGACCGGAUGUAACCGUUUCUUGAAGAACCUGAAUGUCACCUUCAGAAGAGACCCCAACUCUUUCAGACCAAGAAUCAACAAGCUGGACUCUCAAAUGGACAAGGAACAGAAGCUGUCCGGUAACUUCUUUUUCUUGGACAACACCGGUGUGUGA